AUGAAGGGCUCCGCUAUUGCUACCGCCCUCACUCUGAGCGUUUCCAGCGUUCUGGCUUCGCCCCAGCAGCUGUCCGCCCGUGAUGACUUUACCCCUGUCACUGUGAAGGGUAACGCUUUCUUCAAGGGAGACGAGCGCUUCUAUAUGCGCGGUGUCGACUACCAGCCUGGCGGUUCCUCCGACCUGGCUGACCCCAUCGCCGAUACUGAGGGGUGCAAGCGCGACAUCAAGAAGUUCAAGGAGCUCGGCCUGAACACCAUCCGUGUUUACUCGGUCGACAACUCCCAGAACCACGACGAGUGUAUGAACGCCCUGGCUGAUGCUGGCAUCCACCUUGUGCUCGACGUCAACACUCCCAAGUACUCGAUCAACCGUAAAUCCCCCGACGUCUCCUACAACGACAAGUACCUUCAAUUCAUCUUUGCUACUGUCGACAAGUUCGUCAAGUACAAGAACACCUUGGCUUUCUUCUCCGGAAACGAGGUCAUCAACGAUGGUCCUUCCUCCAUCACUGCCCCUUACGUCAAGGCUGUGACCCGUGACCUUCGCAACUACAUGAGCGCUCGCGACUACCGUCAGGUUCCUGUCGGAUACUCCGCUGCCGACGUUGACACCAACCGUCGUGAGAUGGCCGAGUACAUGAACUGUGGUACCAAGGAGGAGCGCAGUGACUUCUUUGCUUUCAACGACUACUCCUGGUGCAGCCCCUCUUCCUUCUCGAAGUCCGGCUGGGAUGCCAAGGUCAAGAACUUCACUGGCUAUGGUCUCCCUCUCUUCCUCUCUGAGUACGGAUGCAACACCAACACGCGUGACUUCGGUGAGGUUGAGGCUCUCUACUCCACCAAGAUGACCGGCGUCUACUCUGGUGGUCUUGUCUACGAGUACUCCCAGGAGCCCAGCAACUACGGACUUGUUAAGAUCAAGAACAACGAUCUCAGCGACCUCAAGGACUUUGAUGCCCUCAAGUCUGCUUUCAAGAAGACCAACAACCCCGAGGGUGACGGUGGCUACAACAAGACUGGUGGUGCCAACCCCUGCCCGGCUAGAAACGCCCCCAACUGGAACGUUGACUCCGAGGACACCCUUCCCGCUAUGCCCGAGCCGGCCAAGAAGUACUUCGAGGACGGUGCUGGUGAUGGCCCUGGCUUCAAGGGCUCUGGUAGCCAGACCUCGGGUACCCCCUCUUCCAGCAACACUACCGAUGGUGAGGGCAACACCGUUGAUGGCAGUGUCAACACUCAAAACUCGGGCAGCGGCGAUGACGACGAGGGUGCUGCUGCUGGCCUUCAGAUCUCUCCCGUUUUCGUCGGGAUGGUGACUAUUUUCUCUAGUCUGGUCGGUGCCGGUAUGGCUCUGUUCUAG